GCAUUUUAAAAGUUUAAUUUUCAAACGACAAAUGUUCGUUUCGCUCGUGGUUCUGUUUUUAAUUCUUCACUUUUAGGUAAAACAUGAAUUACAUUAUAUUAUAUAUGUAUUAGAUAAGAUUUAUAUUGUGAUUUUGUGGAACACAGUUUCGGGAAAAAUGGAAAAGUGUAACAGCUUUUUAUUGUUUAUAUCCCUUUGUGCGUUGUUAUGGGGUGUGGCUGGCCAAUAUGAAUGGCAAAUUUGGGAUGCUUUCGACGAAAUUCGUGGAAGAAUGGAUAAAGUUAACCCUGAUAAUUGUUAUAUUACUCACUUAGACGACCUUUUUUUACCCGAAGACUCAGUAUCUCACCAUCCUGAUGUCAAAGAAAUAAACAUAAACCCGGUAUUUCCAAAUCGCACAGCAUUGUUACAUUUACAUAAUAUGGCUAUGAAUAGAGCAUUUUUCUGGAGUUACAUCCUACAAUCAAGGUUUAUUAGACCUGCUAUUAACGACACCUACGAUCCGGGUAUGAUGUACUAUUUUCUUUCAUCAGCUGCAGAUGUAUCCUCUAAUCCUUAUAUAAACGCCAGUUCAAUUUAUUUUUCCCCGAAUAUGUCUUACACGUCUUCAUAUAGAGGAUUCUUCAAUAAAACCAUGCCACGGUUUGCACCAAGAGCUUUCCGAGCUGAUGAUUUUAAUGACCCUGUCCAUCUACAGAAGAUAUCAACAAUGAAUACUCUUUAUGUGGAAGAUUUAGGUGCAUUUGAUUCUGGUAGUCUGUCCAAAGAUUAUACUUCUGAUUUCUACCGCAUCAAUGAAUGGUAUAAUAAGUGGUUGCCUGACAGAGUUGACAAAAGACAUGAUACCAAAACAACAUAUCAAGUUGAGAUAAGAUAUUCUAACAACACAAAUGAGACAUUUACAUUCCAUGGGCCUCCUGGUAAUGAUGAAGUACCAGGACCAGUGAAUUGGACAAGACCAUAUUUUGACUGUGGAAGAUUGAAUAAAUGGUUAGUAGCUGCUGUGUCACCAGUAGCUGAUAUUUACCCUCGCCAUACACAAUUCAGACACAUAGAGUAUCCUACAUACACAGCAGCAGUGGUAAUGGAGCUAGACUAUGAUAGAAUAGAUAUAAAUCAGUGUCCACCGAGUCAGGGGAAUGAUAAACCUAACAGGUUUGUUUCAACAGCUCGAUGUAAAGAGGAAACUACUGAGUGUGAACCAUUACACGGCUGGGGAUUCCGUCGUGGUGGCUACCAGUGUAGGUGCAGACCAAACUAUAGACUGCCUGGCAUAGUAAGAAGACCAUACCUUGGAGAGAUUAUUGAGCGAGCCACAUCUGACCAGUACUAUAAUAACUUUGACUGCUUACCUAUUGGAUGGAUUCAAAGACUACCUGUAGAGUGGAAAAAAGCUCAUCCGUUCCUAAGAGCAUUGUAUGCAGACCGUUAUUAUGAAUAUGUUAAUGCUACCAGUGGACCUGCUGCUUUGCAUACAGAAAGGAUGAAUGUAUAUGAAGCAUUAAAUUAUAUUAGGGGUGUGCAGCCGCACAAUUGUUCCAAAUACAACCCAUCCGAUUUAUUCCUCAAUGGAGACAUAGCGUAUGGGGCGGAAGAGCAAUUCGAAAACCAAGCAAAAAUGGCAGUGAGACUUGCAAACUUCAUCAGUGCUUUCUUGCAGAUAUCAGACCCUAACGAAGUCUUCAGUGGUACUCGAGUUGCUGAUAAGCCAUUGACCGAGGAUCAAAUGAUCGGAGAGACUCUAGCUGUUGUAUUGGGCGACUCUAAGAUUUGGUCUGCAGGUACAUACUGGGAUCGGAAUAAAUUCACGAAUCGCACGAUGUUCGCACCAUUCGCAUACAAGACUGAAUUGAACACGCGCAAGUACAAAGUUGAAGAUCUCGCUCGCCUCAAUAAGACUGAGGAAGUAUACACAAACAAGCACUGGUUCCAGUUUCUCAAGCAAAGCUGGUCCACCAAUUUUGAUGGUCUUGAGAAGUUUUUCCUUAAAAUGAAAAUUCGUGAUGAUAAGGACGGCCACUACUUGAAGCAAUAUGAAAGAUACCCGACGUUCUACCGAGCUGCAAACUUAAAACACGGCCAUUGGACUCAGCCGUACUAUGAUUGUACUGGCCCUCUAAAACAAUGGGUCAUUACAUAUGGAGCGCCAUUCUUUGGCUGGGAUAGUGUUAAAGUCAAACUGGAGUUUAAGGGCGUGGUAGCGGUGACGAUGCCUCUCAUGUCGUUAGAUAUCAACCAGUGUCCGGAUAAAUCGUAUACACCCAAUGCAUUUAAGGGCACAGACAAAUGUGACAGGUCGUCUUCAUAUUGUGUACCCAUCCAAGGUCGCGGUUUCGAAGCUGGCGGGUACAAAUGCGAGUGCCUUCAAGGAUACGAGUAUCCGUUUGAAGAUUUAAUCACAUACUAUGAUGGUCAGAUUGUCGAAGCGGAGUUUCAAAAUAUAAUUCAAGAUAAAUUGACUCGCAUAGAUAUGUUUAAGUGUAGACUGGCCGGGGCAAGUGCAGCUCAAAGCAGUUUUAUUAUUGUACUAAGUGUAUUAUUUUUACUAAUUAAGGUAAGGUAAUCAUAAACAAUUUGACAUAGAGAAUAGACUUAAAAUAUUUAGUGGAAAAAAUUAUACUCUUUUUUAUAUUAGCAAUCAACAAUGAAAUCUAUUUCUAGAAGAUCAAUUAAUCAAUAGUCUAUAUUAUUUACGGCAUCCUCACGGAAUAUAAUUAAACAGAUCAAAACUGGUUGAUUUGAAAAGUCAUACUGAUAUAACAAUACUUUAGUAUUGAAAAAACAUUAAAGUUAUCAUAGAUUUUGCUUUAACAUAUUUUUCUAUACAGAAUUUAUAAUAUUUUUUUAGUUUUACCACAUUCUUUAAUAAGGCAGCUAUAUUUAAUGCAUUACGUAUUUUCAGACUGCUUAUUAAUGUGUUCAAACUAGUAUGAUGUAUGUGUAGUGUACUACAUAGUAUUCAGAGUAUGUCAGAUUGUCAUAUAAGGUUAAUAUAAUAUUCUUGCUAGGCAGCCUUUUAAAUUUCUAUUAUUUGUAAAUUAUACUUAUAUGAAGACCCAAUUUCUACGAUGUAGAUCUGUACUUAUUUUAUAAAUAAUGUCCCAACUGAAAGUUUACCUCCGUAUAAUUUGAAUCUCAUAAAUAUACUGUAUAAAUGUUUAAAAAAAAUUAAUUUAAGAUGCUUGAUAUUAUUGUUGUUAUAAUAUCACCUAUAUUUAUACUAAACAGUAAAAUAUACAUUUUGUUUUUAAUUUUGUAUAUAUCUUACAAUGGUUAAAUUUUUCUUGUACCUAUUUACGUCAGACAUUCCAUGUUAUAUUGUAAAAGACUUAGUUUCACUAUUCCGUCCAGGUAUGUGCCUUUUAUAAUAAAUAUAUGUAUUUUAAAA